AUGAGCCUCAAUGUCAUUGCAUUCAGUGAAAAUGCACCCGAGAUGUUUAAAACAAUCAGCCAUGCAGAGCCAAGUAUCUAUGAAUCCCCAAUGUUGUCCAUUGGGACGAAUGCAUUGUCACUUUUCAUGGAAUAUAGUGCCACAUCACUACACAAGGUACUAAGGUCUGCUGAUGUUUCUUCUCUGAAUCCAGUCCUAGCUGAAUGCAAAUCAUCGGGCAAGCUGUUUUAUGCCAUUGCCCAUCAGGUGACUGGGACUGGUUGUCUAGUGGUAGAUUUUGGGCCAGUGAAGCCUUCUGAAUUUCCUACUGCUGCUGCAUGGGCUUCACCGCAGUCUUACAUGCUUGCGGCGCUGGCAGUAUCAAAGAUCCAGUCAGUGCCAGGUGGAAGCAUGGAGGCCUUGUGCAAUACUUUGGUACAAGAAAUCUUUGACUUAGUGGGAUAUGAUAGAGUCAUGGCUUACAAGUUCCAUGAAGAUUAUCAUGGUGAGAUCAUUGCCGAGGUUAGAAAACCUGGUCUUGAACCAUAUAUUGGCCUACACUAUCCAGCCACUGAUAUCCCUCAAGCCGCCAGGAUUCUUUUCAUGAAGCACCAAGUUCAAAUGAUAUGUGACUGCUCUAUGAGUUGUCACCUUCAGUAUAUGAAGAACAUGAAAUCGGUUUCCUCUCUAGUAAUGGCUGUUGUGAUAAAUGAAAAUGAAGAAUAUUCUGACGCCAAGCAUGAACAACCAACAGAAUGGCGUCACCCGAGGAAGAAGCUAUGGGGCCUCAUUGUUUGCCAGCAUAUGAGCCCUAGACAUGUCCCCUUUUCGCUACGGCAUGCAUGUGAAUUCAUAGCACAAGUGUUUGCUGUCCACAUAAAUAAGGAGCUAGAAUUGGAGAAGCAGAUGCGACAUAAAAGUAUGAUAAAAAGGUCCAGUAUGACUUUCGAGAUGGGUGAACUUGUGUUACAAGACGUGUUAGAGGUCGCAAUAAGUGAAGUACGGGUGGCUUGUCAAAGAAAAGGGAUCACAGUAUCUACCGACCAUGCAGAGAAAUUUCGCAUGCAAAGGCUUAAUAAUACGAACUUAAUGCAGCUACUGCAGAAUGUCCUGUUCGACUUCCUGUUUGCUUCUGUGAAGUUCUGUCCUAUUGGAGGUUCCAUUGUAAUAUCUUGCAAACAGACUAUGAAAAUUGGAGAAAACAUUAACACCAUGGAUCUGGAACUUAGGUACACUUCUCGUGCACUUUAUUUCACUCAUACAACAUUUUCUGAUAUGAAGUAG